AUGAUGGUGAUGAUGGAGAAGAUAUUUUUGGUUUUAUUUAUUUUUUUUUUUUUUUGGGAGUUGAAAAAUUCAUCUCAUCUGAUAUCACCAAUCUUUUUCCUUUUAGAAAUAGCCAAAAUUAGAAUAAUGACAGAAGAGGUAAAGACAGUAGUACCGGGACAGUAUAUAACUCCAUUAUAUAAAUUAGAUGAAAAUGGGAAAUCUAAAUUACAAUAUAUUCCUGGUAAAGGUACAAUAAUUUCAAAUAUUGAAAUUCCAAAUAAUGAUCAAGGAAAAUCAAUUCCAAUUAUAGUAUCUACAAUUCUUGGUACUGUUCAUAUUAAAGAAAUCGUAUCCAAUGAUAAAGAAACAAUCACCACCAAAGAUGGAGAAGAUGAUGGUAAGAUGAAAAUUGAUAAGGAAGAAGAUGGGCAAGAAGAAGAAGAAGGACAAGGAGAAAAGAUAAUUAAACAUAUAGUUAAUGUAAUUCCAAAAGGAUCAACAAGUUUAAUUUCAUCAACAAUUGAUGAAGAAAAAGAAAAUCAAAUAUCAAUUAAUUUACCUAAAGAAAAUGAUAUAGUAUUAGUUAGAAUAACUAAAAUAAGUAAUAUUCAAGCAUAUUGUGAAAUUUUAUCAUUAGAAAAUAAACCAAUUUUACCAGAUUCAGGUGUUGGUGUAAAUGGAUCAAUAUCUCAUAUUUCAAUUCCUUCAACUGGUGGAUCACAACAUUUAUUUAAUUUACAAUCAAUAGCUAGUUCACAAUCAACAUUAUCAAAUUUUCAAAUUUAUGAUAUUGGGGAAAAUUUUAAAGGUAUUAUUAGAAUUAAUGAUAUUAGAUCAACUGAAAGAGAUAAAUUAAAAAUUAUUGAUUGCUUUAAACCUGGUGAUAUUGUAAGAGCUAUUAUUAUUUCUUUAGGUGAUGGUUCAAAUUAUUAUUUGAGUACUGCUAGAAAUGAUUUAGGUGUUGUUUUUGCUAAAAGUGAAAAUGGUGCUGGUGAAUUAAUGUAUCCUUUAGAUUGGCAAAAUAUGAUUGAUGUAGAAACUGGAUUAAUUGAAAAACGUAAAAAUGCAAAUCCAUUCAUAUAA